UCUACCAGUGAGGUUGUUAGGCGUCUUGGAGAUAGUCGUUGUAUUCCAUCGUGCACAGCACAAGUAAGACAGCUACCGUGAUGCUGUUAGCUGUGCUAUUUAAAGUACUUCUGCUCCAUCUAUCUGUGAAACAAGUACUUGGAUCAGCCCUGACGCAAGAUGAGGUGGUGAUAAAGGACCACGAACAAGAGAUUCCUUCGAAGCCUUCAGCAUAUAUAAUUGGUGGCAACCGUGCCACUCUGGUUCUUUGUAGAGAAAAAACGCAUGAGCCURUUAGAUCUGAUCGCCCGGCUGACACUAGUGAGCUUCACGUCAGAUGCAAAGGCUUGAGACACAAAGCUCAUCUACAUUAUUUCUCAACAACUAAUGAUGCCACCCCAUCAGUUACUACAACAAGAGUGAUUAUAACAUCGCACGUCAUCAAGAAGAACAAAGAGCAAAUCAUAUGCUACUGUCAGGAUGUGUCAACAAAAAAGACAAGUCAUGGAUUAAUGAUUUCUAUGAAACAAGAGAGAAUUUCUUCCAUCUCUAACCACUUCAAACCAAAACGAAAUCGCAUAAAGACAGUUGCAUUGCUUAGUUCAAACAAGAUAUCCUGGCGAUUUCCUACAAAUUCUUCCGUGGUACACUGCUCACACGAUGGUCAGUCCUUGACAGAGGAUCAAGUGGUUCGUGGAGAAGGCAAGAUCUCAGUGGUAAUUAACGAAGCUCUUCGUAAAGAUGCGGGGUUCUACUACUGCAGAUCAAAAUCUGGUGACUUUAGCUCCUGGCUCAAGUUGCAAGUAAAGGGUGGCUGGUCAAAAUGGAACCCAUGGCUUGCCUGCAGUAGUCAGUGCGGGGCAGGCAAAAAGAUCGAGACCAGAAGAUGUCUAGAUUCCAGACUAGAACAGUGCCAUGGAUUAAGUGUUAGGGCUCUACCUUGUGUUGGUCGUUCUUGUGAAGGGAUGCUGCCUCAGUUUAUCGAUGAGCCUGCAGACCAAGUGAUACUCAAUGAUUCAUCUACACAUGUCACGUGUUCUGCUCAUUAUGGUGCCAGUGUUUUAACUGUGCAGAUGUUCUGCUCCAGCAAUGGCUCGAAGAUUACUUAUUCCAUGACCCAAAACAAGACUACUGUAGGGAGUGUUCCCAACAAUACUGUAGCAAGAGUAACGUACAAAGUUGAGCUUCAUCGUGAUAGAAGCAACCUCUCCGUGGUAUACUGUCACUGUUACGCACUCACCAGUCAGUUGGCGAAGAUAAGCAGGAUUGCUAAAAUCAGCUUUUUUUCGGUUAAUGACGGUUACGAAUCACCUACUGCUUCUGCUAUGACUGAAUCUCGAGAGGACUCAGCUGAUAAACGAUCUUGGGUAAAUUCACUUUCUGCGAAAUCAUUAUCUAUAGGGUUAGGAGCCCUCAUCUUUGCCUUAAUGAUCUGCGUUUUGGCAUUUUUGAUUCGCACCAGGAUUAGAAAGCAUCAUAGCACUGUAUCUAAUCCAACGAAAACGAUAAGUUCCUUAUCUGGAGGAACCCCUCAUGAUAUUGAGUCUGAUGAUACUGAAACAGUGAGACAUUCGGAGCCCCCAGAGACAAAAGUAACAACACUUUGUUCAAGUGUUUCCUCUGAGAACGAAGACAUGCGCGAAAGCCGAGCUUCAAACAGUCCCUUGCUUGAGUGUUACCCUCAAAAGCACUCUGAACCUGUUAAAGACUGUACACCACACCACUCAGAUGACAUGGGUCGAGAGACUGAAUGUGACAAUGAGAGUGUCUUUUACCGUGGAGGGUCGUGCAAAAGUAACAAAUCUAAUAUGUCGGCCUUUUCCAGUGUGUCUUCUGGUUUUUGUCCAAAACCUAAACUGCCCGAUACGAUCGACCCCGACCUUUGUGCAUGGGGGCAGUUUACCGAGAAAGGGGGACGACUAAAGAUUGAAGGAACAGGUGUCAGCCUGUAUAUUCCACCCAAUGCCCUUCCCGAACAGACGUCGCAUGUCAUAUACAUCGGGCUGAUGAACUCUAAAGGAAACCAUCCAAAGCUUAAUAAUCAUGAAGCUCUUCUCAGUCCAGUCGUUGUUUGCGGCCCUGAUGGAUUAACAUUUGACAAGCCCGUGUUUCUUACUGUACCACAUAACGCGGUUUUGGACGAAAACAACUGCUGGAAUCCAAAAGUUCAAAGCUGUAGUAUUGUAAACGAAGAGGAAAGAGAGAACAAAUGGAAGGUUCUGGAAAGACCCAGUGGAGAUGUGCCAUUAAGUCACGUGAGUGACAAAUACAUGCAGAUCAUGGUCGACCACUUCACCAACUUUGCAGUGGUUGGAGAGGCAAGCUGCUCUAAAGAAUCAGCCGCACAGCUCAACGCAUGGAUUAUCGUUUACUAUACUAAACCCGAAGGCGACGAAGACUGUAUAGCAAGAGUUUACUGUGUUCCAGCCACAAAUGCAGCCACUAAGACUCUUGAGGGAAUUGAAAUUAAGCUCGAUGGCARGAAGUCAGACUCCCAGAAGGUACUCCAAAUCAUCAACAACAAUAAAGAUCUGCAAAUCACUAGCAAAAUUAUCCAUGUGGGAUGGUCUGCCCUUACACAGGAACAAAAGUCCAUACCUUUCAACGUCGUCUGGCAGUGCACCGAACAGUCACCGAACGUAUCGUUCAUCUUUGAACGAACUUCUCCAGAAGUGUUCAAGUUUCUUAGCACCUUUGAUGCCAGACAAGAAGAGUCCGACACAGGUGUUGAAGUAAAUGUGUCCUUUUGUAUCAAGGAUAGUCGAAGGACUUCAUCUGGGUACGGAUCCCAAGCAAAUGGCUGCCAAACAGAUAUCAAAUUCAAAAUUCCCAGUGAAAUUCGUGGUGAACUCUGUAAUCUCCUGGAUCCAGAAGAACCGUUGCGGUUUAAUGACUGGAGACAAUUUGCAGAAAAACUAGGAAAGACCAAAACUUAUACGAAUUCCUUGAAAACAAAAAAUAUAUCAAGCCCAACUGAUAAUUUGAUAGAGAUGUGGGAAGGGACAAUGUCUGAAGAAGUACCUCUGUCACAGUUACUAAAAAUAUUCUACGAGAUGGAAAGGCUUGACGUGGUCGGAGUGCUGAAGAAAAUCCCAGGUUUGGAGAACACAAGCUAGGAGCUAUCUUGCUAAUUUACGUCUGUGUACACUCAAUAGGACUUUUUCAACUAGCAGUCACGUUCUGAUAUAUGUCGCUUGGGGAAGGCAAACUUUAAACUGCUUCAAGUCUUGAAAUCGAAAAUAUCGUAUAAGGGAAAAGAAGUAUUUUUGAAAAGGUUUUGGAUUGGGCAUUAGGAAUCCAGCAAAAUAGAUUUCAUAUAAAGUCCAAAUCAUUUUUGCCAUCCAGUAGCAAUCACGUGUCAAUCUAUUGCAAAAGGCCUAUUGCAACUGAAUCAUUGUCGGCUUCAAAAAAUAGAACAUAGAAGGUGAGAUCGAAAUGGCACAUGGGAAGUACGAUAAUACAAUGCAUGUUGUGAUGACUCGUGGAUGAUUCAUGCCAAAACGGCAAUCAAACGCGGAAGUCAUCUGUAAACGCUAUUGGCAUUUUGUCGUUGUUAAAAUGAAUAGAUCAUAAUAAAUAGACGUAAUUACCUUCGUAUAUAAAUUGCCCAUUUUAAACUAUGUGAUGUUUACAUGAUGCUUCUUUAUCUUCCUGAAAUUUAUUCGUUCAUAUUUAUGUGGAUAUGAAGACAUUUGAAAGAAACAUUUCUCCAGAGAACAUCAUGUAAACAACAUGGUUUGAAAUGGGCAAUUUGCAUACGAAGGAAAUUACAUCUACUAUGCUAUUUCUCAGAAUGUAUACCUUUCGGUGUAAGCUUCUAUUUUCUAUGUUUUGGUCCCGACAAUAAUUUUGCAAUUGAGUGCAUAGAAAGCCCUAAUAACAUCCUGACCUCGUUUCGCCUUCGAACGAUUUGUCCUAGGUUGGGAUAGAUAGACAUUAACUGAUGCUGUUGCUUUUUCAGGUUUCCUUUGUAGUUGUUUUAGUGGUAAUGGGGUAGAAUUGCGUAGAUAAGCUAAUUUUUUUUAUAUGAAAAAAUGCAUUCAUGUAUUUUUGUAUUUUUGUAUCGGCUCUUUUYGAAGAAACACCUACAAACGAUUACAAAAAAAAAAAACAAAAACAAAACAACUUUUUUUGAAUUUUGAAAAGAGAUGUUUUUAUACUUCAACUUCAAUGCUCAAAAUUGUUAGUGAUAUAAAAAAAAGAUUUGAUAUCAUACUAAUUAGACAAAUUUUGGUUUCCUUUUUCACAAGAAAAGUUGAUAGUGAGAGUUAAUAAUUGUGUUUGCUAAGUAAAAAUGUAAUUAAAAAAAAAAUUUUAAUGUUUUUUA